AUGGAUAUUCGAGAGCCGGACGGUCCGCCUUGGACGCCACAAUUUCAGUCAGACGCGGAAUAUGAAUAUUUUCCUCAGCAGGUCUCUCAGAUCCCCUUUGACUUAAGAAACAGUGGUUCAGCGCUGAAGCAGGUUUUCCUUGAGCCACAGCGUAGCUUCAAUGUAUCACUGCCACCACCCCCACCUCCGAAAAGGCCUCCUUCUCCUAGUGUUCUCGCAAACUUCACUCCGUUCAGCAAAGAAGUCCCACUUCCCAUAUUCUGCAAACCAAUGGACCCGCAAUCGAUUGCGAACAGAUCUGCAGAAGCGCGAAUAGUCGGUCAAUACCUCGAAUCGACCUGCUAUGGCGUAUUCACAGGCUCAUGUGCCUUCGAGAUUGCCCCUAGAUUGCAUUUACCCCCGGGUCUGGAAUGGCCGCCAUGUCAACUUCAUUCGUUCGUCGAAAUCCUCUUGUACCGCACUCAGUUGCUACCCACAGUCACCAAUACUGCGUUGUAUCUGAUCAGCAGAAUACGCGACCCGUCCCUCCGCGGCAAGCUGCAAGGAACCUUGGGUGCUCCGAGCAUACACAUAGUAUUUCUGAUCGCCAUGACGUUAGCGUCCAAAUUGAUCCAGGACGACCCGUAUUCGAACAAAAGCUGGAUACAGGCGUCAGGCAUUCAAAUCAAAGUUGUGGAGUUCAACGCUUUAGAACGACGGAUGUGCGAGCUUCUCGAUUACAAGUUGACGAUACACAGUCGUUACCUGCAAAACAUCGAGAUGGAAUUGGGGACCUACAAAAAGCAAAGCGGUCCCCCGACCUCCCGCGUGGGCGUGCACUGUCUUUUCAACCCGAGCGUGUCGGAACAACAUCAUCUGUGUCCUAUCGUAUCUGAUUCUCGUUCGAUGGCGCCUUAUGCCGCGGGUUUUCAAAGCACGCAUAAUCAGGCCAACCGCAACGCCCAGCAUCCUGCGUCUGCUCCCCUGUCUAAAGUCCAUGAUACUGCGGCUGCAGCGCGCCGGCAUCGCGCUCGUUCUCGUCACCCUUCUCCUGCGGAUCCAAUGUCGCUCGCGUAUGCCCCAACGUUUGCUGUAGACUCGCAUAGUCAGCCGGAUCCACGAAACCUCCUUGCUCCUGCUCAUGCAUCGACGGCUUCCAACCAGUCCCGCUCCGGGUACUGGGCUGCUGUACGGUCCCAUACCGCGCCGCCGUUUGCUGCACCUCCCGCCGUCCAUCCCCAGCCGCGCACCCAGCCAAGCGUGAACUCCUCUCUACCCUACCAUUCAGCCACAUUGGGUAUGCGCACCAUCAAUAGGCGAUGCAUCUACGGGACACCGUCGCUGGGGCCACCGGCUGCUCGACCAACUGCGAUAGUCGAGGCCUCCUCGAGGCAGGCAUACGUCGACCCGGCACCUCCACCGUCUGAUGCAUCCGCAACUGGCAGCGCCCGCUUCCACGGGCUGGCCCCGCGGAGUGGUGAUCAGCUGCAGUAUCUCAAUGACCGCCAAGGCCGGCCCUUGACCCCAUUCAUUAACAUGACGAUUUACGAUCCUCGACUUUAUUACAGGGAACAAUAUACGCUGGGUAAAUUCAAUACAAGUUGGAGAUACAAAAAGGAGGUCUUCCAAUUCUGUGGCGUCGUCUUCAUUGCUCAUCUCGAGGGUUCCGCGGAGGUCGAGGAGGCAGAACAUGGUAACAAGAGGAAAUCGUUGAUUCAGACCGUGGGCUACCCGCCGGCUAUGCCGCGUAUAAGCCCAAAUGGCCACUAG